AAUUUUGGUUUGAAGCAUCUAGCACGACAACACAAGGCUAGCUAUCCCCUAGCAUCAAUAUUUGUGGAGAAACAUUUUUAUGUUGAUGACGGGUUAGUUAGCGUCCCAUCAAUUGACGAGGCCAAGAAACUGAUCACUGAGUCGCAAGAGUUGUGCAAAAGAGGAGGCUUGCGCCUUCACAAAUUCAACUCAAAUGAAGAAGCAGCGCUUGCUUGCUUAGACCCCUCUGAAAAAGCAACAAACAUUGAGCCUCUAGGCUUUGAUCCAACCCCAUCAGAACAUGCUCUCGGCAUUCAAUGGUCGAUAAAGAAUGACACUUUCAGCUUUAACAUCAGCUUGAAGGAUCAGCCUUCAACCCGUCGUGGUUGUCUAUCCGUCGUCGCCUCUCUAUACAAUCCACUUGGAUUCAUUGCGCCAUUCAGCCUAAGUGGAAAACGUAUCCUUCAAAACCUUUGUCACAGAGGCAUCGGAUGGGAUGACCCACUCCCAGAUGAUAUUAAGCCACGGUGGGAGGAAUGGAUAAAUGGUCUUCUGAAGUUGAAAGAGGUGUCAAUUCCAAGAUGUUACCACCCACAUGACUUUCAUGACAUUGUCAGAGUAGAGUUACACCAUUUUUCCGACGCCAGUUGCGUGGGAUAUGGUGCAUGUUCUUACCUCAGGUACAAAAAUGACAAGGAUGAAGUCCAUUGCAGUCUUGUGACAGCGAAAGCAAGGGUCGCUCCCUCAAAAGUCACAAGUAUCCCGAGACUAGAACUCACAGCAGCUGUGGUUUCUGCAAAAGUAAGUGUCAUGUUAAAGGGUGAGAUUGACAUGAAAAUUUAUCAAGAAAUUUUCUGGACUGAUUCACAAGUCGUGAUUGGGUACAUCAACAAUGAUGCUCGUAGGUUCCACAUAUAUGUUGCAAACCGUGUUCAAUUGAUUAGAGAUAAUAGUGAUCCCAGUCAAUGGUAUUAUGUGGACACCUCAGAAAACCCAGCCGAUCACGCAUCUCGAGGUCUCCAUGCUUCAGAUAUUCACUCAACAAACUGGCUGCGAGGACCGAAGUUUCCCUGGGAAAGUGAAUUACAUCUAACACCCAGCACUCCAACAGACUUACUUGUGGGGGAUCCCGAAGUCAAGACAAUUCAGGUGCUUGCAACAAAAGCAAAUAACUGCGACGACAUCCUUAGGCGUCUGAGUCAGUUUUCCUCAUGGACAAAACUUGUAAAGGUGGUUGCAAGAAUCAAGAGGCUGGGGUGUAAACAAAACCAGCACUGUGAACAUGUAACUGUCGAGGAGCGUGUGAAGGCCGCUGAGAAAGUGAUUAAGAUUGUACAGCAGCAAGCCUUCCCCCAAGAGAUAAAGAUGCUUCAAGGUGAAGAAGGCCUUCCAAACUCAAGCUCUCUCUUCAGUUUGGAUCCCAUCUGGUCUGAAGGACUGCUCCGUGUUGGUGGGAGAUUAAAACAAUCAUCUCUCUGUCACAAAGUGAAGCAUCCAGUCAUCUUACCAAACAACAGUCACAUAUCUAAGCUGAUUGUGUCCCACUACCACGCCAAGAUAUGCCAUCAAGGCCGAAGCCAGACACAAAUGGAGCUUAGGAGCAAUGGAUUCUGGGUCAUUGGUGGGAGCAAGCUGGUUGCUAAGUUGAUACGCACCUGUGUGCUUUGCAGGAAACUUCGACGGCCGACAGAGAGUCAGCGGAUAGCUGAACUUCCUAAAGAAUGUCUUGAAGCCUCAGCACCGUUCACGUACAGCGGCAUGGACUGUUUUGGACCGUUUAUUGUAAAGAAAGCCCGCAAAGAAUACAAAAGAUAUGGACUCAUCUUCACAUGUUUGUACUCUAGAGCUGUCCAUAUCGAGAUGCUUGAAGAUUUGUCGACAGACUCAUUCAUUAACGCUUUGAGAUGCUUUAUCAGCCUGAAAGGAGCUGUCAGACAACUACACUGCGACCAAGGUUCUAACUUCAUUGGCGCCAGAAAUAAGUUUAAGGAAGCACUUAAACAAUGUGACACCAAACUACUGGAAGUCUUCCUGACUGAAAGGCAGUGCGAAUUUGUAUUCAACACCCCCUCUGCCAGCCACGCAGGCGGUGUCUGGGAACGGCAAAUCAGAACCGUUAGGAAUGUACUGAAUGCCACCUUCGCACAGUGCCCGGGUCGACUUGAUGACGCCUCUCUUAGAACACUGUUAUAUGAGGCUAUGGCUAUUGUGAACAGCCGCCCAUUAACAGUAGAUGGAAUCAAUGAUCCACAGGCGCUGGAACCUUUAACACAGAAUCACCUCAUAAUGAUGAAAUCUAAAGUUGCUCUUCCUCCCCCGGGAGAAUUUGUGAAGGAGGAUUUGUACGCUACAAAGAGAUGGAGAAGAGUUCAAUACCUCAUCGAACAAUUCUGGGGUCGCUGGAAAAAGGAAUAUUUGCUCAACAUAUCCACAAGACAGAAAUGGCACUUACCUCAGCGCAACCUCAGAGUCAACGACAUUGUCAUCAUUAAAGACGACAACCUCCCGAGAAAUCAUUGGCAACUAGGACGAGUGGUGGAGACUGUUCAAGACAGAGAUGGCUUAGUCCGUCGAGUCAAAGUACAAGUCGGAGAGCGAAAGUCUCAAAGAAAACAAGAUCUCCCCUCUAAACCUUCAGUUAUUGAGAGACCAAUCCAAAAAUGAGUGCUUCUCCUUGAGAAUUGAUCCGAACAAACAGACUGACUAUUGUUUAUUGUGUACGAUUACAGUACGGUUCACAUAAAUAGUUAAACGUGAAGUUACUCAUUUAUCACAGUCAAGAAAUCCUGUACAAUUCAUUUGUUCUUUGUGUAUUUCGUUCAUUACUUGUAUCAGGAUUUGGUGGGAGUGUAAAUGGCAGAACGUUUUGUUCAUGAGAAAAAUGCAGUUCAGUCAUGUUACAUUUUUUUUGUGCCUUUAUUUUGAAGAGCCCACUCUUAUUCUGUUACUUCCCUUAUUGCUGGUGCUUGACUUCCUGCUGCCGUUCCAUCUGACAACAGCAUACUCACGUUACUCCAGGACUGGAGAGUCACUACGAGCUGUGUGUGGAAGCUAGGCUAACUAGCUGAGCAAACUUAGCGCCCUUGGAAGCGGAAGGAGGUAGGAGGAGACUAAUGGUUUAUUUAUUGUGAAACAAGUGGUUCAUUUCAUUUAAAACAAACGGGAAAAUGUCAUUAUUUUCAUUUAAAUAAGAGCUGUAACUUGUAAUUAAGCUUAAUUCAUGUGCACAUUCAUUAUUUAAGUUUACUAAAAAGAUUUGUUUAUAAGUUUAAAAAUGUAAACAUGAUUUAUGUAUUGUUUGUGGAAAUAUGGUACGAUGGCCUUUGUAUUUUCUGUCCAUCUUCAUAGUUUUCACGGUGUCAAAAUUGUGAGGAGAAAAGGAGGAGAGAAUUAAAGUUGCACCAGUCGAAGCUCUCUGCAUCUUGUGUCAUUAAUCCAAGUGGGCCGCUACAUAGCAUGCUUACUGAUCAGAGAGCCAUGUCAAAGUUGAUUUUCUUACUUUUGAAAAAUCCUCAACCGUUAAUUGGACACAUAGGCUAUGGUGCUCUUGUACAUUUUGAUUAAAACAUACCAGGUGUGUUUAAAUUGUGUGUGCUAAAUGCCAUCAAGGCAAAAAAAAGUCAUGUCUUGAUUCUAAUUGAGCGCAACACUUUUUGCUUCCAUCUUAAAGAUCUAUGAGACAAUUAUCUUUAAUAUUGUUCACAAGUCUGUUUAAAUCUGCGUUAGUGAGCACUUCUGCUUUGCUGAGAUGGCAGAUGUGGCAAAUCAAGAUGCUGAUUAUACAGCAUGAUUAUAGCGCAGAUAUGCAUUAUUUUGCACAGCAUAAAAGCAAGCGCGUGGGCAUGCUGACUGCAAGAAUAUAAUAACAGAGUUGUUGCCCGCACAUUUAGGGCCUUAUCUAAUAAGAUCCAAAUACCACGCACUAAAACUAUUGAGUGCAACAUAUAAAAUUACGAUUGCAAUGAGGUGGAAACUUGUCCAGGGUGUACCACGCUUUCUGUCUGAAUGCAGCUGGGAUAGGCUCCAGCCAUCCCAGCGACCCCAAGAGGGACAAGCGGUAGAAAAUGGAUGGAUAGAUACUAUUAGUGGGCAUGUUGCAUGCACGUCAUGGCUGUCACCAUGGAGAUGCUCAUUUACUACACAUCCAUGUUAUCAUGCCCCUGACUGUGGCGUUUUGCUAUAUUUUGAAACAUGCAGCAGACAUGUACCACCAUUUAUGGGUAGGGAUGUCCGAUAAUGGCUUUUUGACGAUAUCCGAUAUUCCGAUAUUGUCCAACUCUUAAUUACCGAUACCGAUAUCAACCGAUACCGCUAUAUAUACAGUCGUGGAAUUAACACAUUAUUAUGCCUAAUUUGGACAACCAGAUAUGGUGAAGAUAAGGUCCUUUUUAAAAAAAAUUAUAAAAUAAAAUAAGAUAAAUAAAUUAACAUUUUCUUGAAUUAAAAAGAAAGUAAAACAAUAUAAAAACAGUUACAUAGAAACUAGUAAUUAAUGAAAAUGAGUAAAAUUAACUGUUAAAGGUUAGUAAUAGUACUAUUAGUGGACCAGCAGCACGCACAAUCAUGUGUGCUUACGGACUGUAUCCCUUGCAGACUGUAUUGAUAAAUAUUGAUAUAUAAUGUAGGAACCAGAAUAUUAAUAACAGAAAGAAACAACCCUUUUGUGUGAAUGAGUGUAAAUGGGGGAGGGAGGUUUUUUGGGUUGGUGUACUUAUUGUAAGUGUAUCUUGUGUUUUUUAUGUUAAUUUAAUAAAAAAUAAAUAAACGGAUACCGAUAAUAAAAAAAACUAUACCGAUAAUUUCCGAUAUUACAUUUUAAAGCAUUUAUCGGCCGAUAAUAUCGGCAGGCCGAUUGUAUCGGACAUCUCUAUUUAUGGGCAUUUGAGAAGCGGUCCUACAUUAAUUUUUCUACAAUGGAACUUAAUUUUUUAGGUGAGCUAAUCGGACAUUCUGGCAUUAACUGUGCUUGAUUGCUCUAGACGCAAGAAAAUUCAUACAGAAAUAAGGUUUUUCUUUUACAUAGGAGAGAUGUUAUUAUUUUGACAUUGAAACAAUGUUUAUUUAUAAUGGUCCAUUAAUGUUGACAAGCAUACGUAGGGCAGAACUAUAGCGUGAUUGCCUCCUUUCUCACAAUUAUUUCUGCCCAAAUGCCAGUACUAAAUAAAGACGCAAAACAGCUCCUGCAGAACAGUGCAAAAUAUUUAUAUUUUCAUUUUCUCCACUGUAUCGUGGGCCUCCUGAUGAUCAGCAUAUAGUCUGCGUUCACAUAAAGACAAAAGCAAAAUGAAUAGCGCUCCUUAUUUUGCUCACGUAAGAGACGCAUCCGAAAUUAAAUUUGGUACUUUUAGAGGCACUGUGAAUCAAUACCCGUAUGUACUACCUGGUACUGCUUCACGAAAAAUCAAACGGUGCCAUAUUUCGAUACCUUUGUUGCAUUUGACUUUAUGUUUUCAUUCAUCGUCGAUCAUAAUAUUUUAUUAGAGCGUAUCAAAACACGUAUUGGUAUGUCAGACUUAGCCUUGUCUUGGUUUAACUCUUAUCUUACUGACAGGAUGCAGUGCGUCUCCCAUAACAAUGUGACCUCGGACUAUGUCAAGGUAACGUGCGGAGUUCCCCAGGGUUCGGUUCUUGGCCCUGCACUUUUUAGUAUUUACAUGCUGCCGCUGGGUGACAUCAUACGCAAGUACGGUGUUAGCUUUCACUGUUAUGCUGAUGACACUCAACUCUACAUGCCCCUAAAGCUGACCAACACGCCGGAUUGUAGUCAGCUGGAGGCGUGUCUUAAUGAAAUUAAACAAUGGAUGUCCGCUAACUUUUUGCAACUCAACGCUAAGAAAACGGAAAUGCUGAUUAUCGGUCCUGCUAGACACCAACAUCUAUUUAAUAAUACCACCUUAACA